AUGUUUCGUACUUCAGACGAUAUUUGGUGGGCAAGGAUUUUUGAUAGACUUGAUGAGUUUUUACAUAACUAUCCAAAAUUACCAAAAAACUCGGUACCAGAAAGCAGCCGACUUCAAGAUUUUUUCAAAGUUCCUAAUAAUGACGUUGUUGAUGGUGCCCCAAUAAGUGUCUCUGGACAAAUUCUUUACUAUAAGCCCGGUGGAAAUGGGAUUGAAGCAGCUCCUGAUGAUGUUGUUAGACCAGAUAUAGCAUUUGUUCCAAGACCUGCCAUUUCCGCUGUAAUAUCUCGUCCUCCCAUAGCUUUGGGCCAAAGUGUUGGUGAAUUGAAACAAAAGUGCUUAUCUUGGAUAACAAUGACGGCCAAACUUUACCGUCAAGGAAUGCCAGCACAACGGUGGGAUUUCGGGAACAUUACAAAAAAUUCACGUGUUCCUGUCAAUGAUUCUCCCGCAAUUCCUUCUACUGCAAACAUAAUUGGUACCAAUUUUAUUAUUGACUUGUACCGGAUCCAGCGAAUCGCUUUAGAAGCUCAAUUUGAAAAAGCUAAAAGCUUGAGGCUCUGA